AUGGAUGCAAGAAGAUAUUCAAUUUCUUCCUUCUCUAAUUUAGGAAUGCCAAGCUUUUUUGGAGCGUAUGCCCUAACUCCAUCUUCGGCACAAGGUUUUGAAGGACCUUAUCAACAAUCCCCUUAUAAUGUUCAAUAUCAUAAUGAAACGGUAUCAUCCUCUGAUGCAUAUCAAGGUCAUGAAGAUGCAGAACAUCAUGAAGCCCAACCUUCAGAGGAAGAAACACCUAGAUCGCCCCAGGGAAAGAGGAACCCAACUAGGAACAGAAGGCAACCCCAAUCCUUGUUUUCAAAUGGAGAAAUCAUUCAAUCUGACGAUGGUGUGCAGUACCAAUGUGAAACUCUAAAGCUCUUUUGCAUUCCUUACAACUGUACAUUCAACCUUUUGAACCAGAAAGUGUCAUCAACUCUAGAACUUCCACCCACCACAGCCAUUAACAAACUCUACUUCCGAAGACCCACAUGUAAUGAAGAAGGAGUCAUUGUGUAUGAUGCUCGUCAAAUAUCAACUGAUGCUGACACAUAG